UGCGGAGAGUCGGGCCGCGUCUGAUGACGUCACCGGGCAUCGGUAAUGGCUCUCAUGCGAAAGCCAGUCACCUGAGCGAGAAAGGAAGAUUUUAGGCGGAGGGGGGACAACAUUCUCCCUAUUUUUGAACACUUUUAUCCCAAUGUAUGUGAGGUUUAUCUCCAGGCUUUUUUCAGCGAUGGCUGGACCGCGGCCUGUGGUGAUGAGCGGACCCUCCGGGGCUGGGAAAAGCACUCUGCUAAAGAAACUGCUCAAGGAGUUCGAUGGUGUAUUUGGCUUCAGCGUAUCCCAUACAACGCGAAACCCCCGUCCAGGAGAGGAGAACGGCAAAGAUUAUCAUUACGUUACCAGGGAAGUUAUGCAGGCAGCAGUAGCAAAUGGAGAGUUUGUUGAAAAUGCCGAAUUUUCAGGGAACAUGUACGGAACAAGUAAAGCAGCUGUACAGGCUGUUCAGGCCAAAAAUUUGAUUUGCAUUUUGGACAUUGACAUGCAGGGAGUGAAGAACAUCAAGAGGACCAAUCUCAACCCCAUCUAUGUGUCCAUCCAGGCCCCGUCAAUGGACAUCCUGGAAAAAAGAUUAAGGGAUAGAAAAACUGAAUCUGAGGAAAGUCUACAGAAACGUUUACAUGCAGCCAAAGUGGACGUGGAAAUAAGUAAAGAGCCUGGAUUAUUUGAUGUGAUCAUUAUCAAUGAUGAUCUUGACACAGCAUAUGGGAAAUUAAAAGAUACUCUUCUCGAGGAAAUCCAAAAGGUCAGAGACACCAACAAAUCCUAGAAGAGAACACACUUGCCAACAACAGCGACCUCUCUAUUCUCUUCCAGCUUAUAAAGUUUUCAGAUCGGAACAUUCCACCCAGGGAAGACUUUAUGAAUUUCGGUCAAUACUCCAACAAAGCUGAAUGUAACGCAUAUUCAUGACUAAAAGGUGCAGACUAAUAUAUUCCAUGUUCUGUAUAUUAUUUUGACCAAGUAUGUUACUUACUUUCAGGGCUAAAGCUAAAAAACAUGUAUGAUUCAACCAAGAAACACUCUAAAACUCUCAAGGCCUCGUCUUUGAACCAGUUUCUGUUUUUAUUUUUUAUAAUGAAGGAAGAUGGAUAUAUCUUGGCUAUAUUGAUUGCUAUAUCUAUUUGGUAGUGAUGUAUCGAACGAGCAUGUUCACUAAUUUAUUGUUUUUCCUUUUUUGAUAACUUGCAGAUUUUGUCUUAGUUGCUGCUGUAUACACAUUGGAAAAGCAGCUUCUGUUUGCGAUAUUUAAACAUUCUAGCUAUUAUCUGCACAUAUAGGCAGUGUGUUACACCUGCUUUUAUUCAUACGAUAGCAUCUGAACAUCUGACAAGUCGAGCAAAACUCAUU